CCAUAAAAGCUAGGGUUUUAGAACAGAGAAUCCAGAGAGAGAGAGAGAGGGAGAGAGAAAAGCUAGGGUUUUAGCGCAGAGAAACCAGAGAAAGCCAGGGUAUUAGAGAGACAGAGAGGGAUCAUGAGCAGGAGCUUAGGAAUUCCGGUGAAGCUGCUGCAUGAGGCAGCAGGGCACAUAGUAACAGUGGAGCUGAAGAGCGGGGAGCUUUACAGAGGCAGUAUGGUCGAAUGCGAAGAUAACUGGAAUUGCCAGCUCGAAUCCAUUACCUACACCUCCAAGGAUGGGAAGGUUUCACAGCUUGAGCAUGUUUUCAUCCGAGGUAGCAAAGUCAGGUUUAUGGUCAUACCGGACAUGCUGAAAAAUGCUCCAAUGUUCAAGCGCCUAGAUGCAAGAAUCAAGGGUAAGGGCUCAGCUCUUGGUGUUGGCCGUGGCCGUGCUGUUGCCAUGCGAGCCAGGGCUCAAGCUGCUGGUCGUGGUGGUGCUCCUCCCGGGAGGGGUGUUGUUCCUCCCGUUAGGAGGUAGUGUAAUGCAGUUGUUUUGUCCUUUGAUGUCAUGGAAUUUUGCUCAUCUUAGUGUCGCAUCUAUUUUAACAAGGAUAUUUAGAAUGAGACAGAUGGGUGUAGUGCGGCCGAUGGUGUCUGUUUUAAUAGAUGGUCCUCUUAAUUUUGGUUGUAGUA